AGUUAGUGUUUUUGCUUUGGCUCCGAUCAUCCAACCCCAUGUGUCGUCUUCUCCAUGGCCUCCUCUUUCUUUAUCUACCUUCCCUCCCUGCUUCCCCUGCUUCCCUCGUCCCCCUCAUGGCCGAUUCUCCUUCUCCUUCUCCUUCUCCCUCCUCCAUGACCACCACCACCACCACCACCCUCCACCAUCCCUCCUCCGCCUUCAAUCUCACUCUCCUCAUCGCCGCCAUUGUCUGCGCCUUCCUCUGCGCCCUCGGCCUCAACACCAUGCUCCACUGCGUCUUCCAAUGCGCCGUCACUGAACCGCUCCAGUGGAUCGCCUCCCGCCGAAUCAAUUCCGGCCUCAAGAAGAAAGACAUGGUGGCUCUCCCGACUUCCACUUAUUACGCCAACCCUACCUCUUCGUCUUCUACUGCAACUUCUGCUUCUAAUUGUGCGAUUUGCUUGGCGGAUUUCUGCGACGGAGAUAGAAUUAGAUUCCUCCCAAAGUGCAGUCACACAUUUCACGUGGCCUGUAUCGAUAAGUGGUUGCUUUCUCAUUCAUCUUGCCCAACUUGCCGCCAUUUUCUGAAAUCCUCGAGUGAUUCACUUAACACCCUGCAUCUUAUGAUACCAUAGAUAUGUCUGUUUCAAUUUUUGAAUUAUGGAUGGUUUGAUAGUGAUCUUAGUACACAGUAGGUAGCUACCUAUCCAUGUUUUGAUUCCUGUGGAGGGAAUUUUUGCUUGCCUUAAUCUUGUUUAACUAGUGUUAGUUCUUCAUUAUGUGUGUUUGAGUAACAUAAUAAUACUCGCAACUUUGAAUUAUGUUAUCUUGGUGGUUUGAA